AUGGCAGCGCAAGAAUCGAAUCCGAAUUUACCGCCCUUGGAGGCAACUAACGCGGUUCUGGUUCCAUCCGAUGAACUACCCGAAGGAGCUCAGAAGGUCGAGGAGAUCGACUUCAAUGCUUUCAAGGGGCGGCCAAUUACUGUGGAUGAUGUGCUUGGUGGCAUGAAGCAUAUGGGCUUUCAAGCAUCUUCUAUGGCUGAGGCAGUAAGAAUUAUCAAUGAUAUGCGAGCAUGGCGUGACCCGGAAACGGGCGAUAAAACGACGAUAUUUCUCGGCUACACGUCUAAUAUGAUCUCAUGUGGUCUAAGAGGAAUAUUUCGUUACCUGGUACAGAACAAGCACGUCUCGUGCAUUGUCACAUCUGCCGGUGGUAUCGAAGAAGACUUCAUCAAGUGCCUUGGUGACACAUACAUGUCUUCGUUCAGCGCGAAGGGGGCAGAGCUCAGAGCCAAAGGUCUCAACCGAAUAGGUAAUCUCAUGGUUCCCAACGCCAACUAUUGUGCCUUCGAAGACUGGGUCGUGCCCAUUCUAGACAAGAUGCUCGAAGAACAAGAGGAAAGCAAGGGAACCGACGAGGAAAUCAACUGGACCCCAUCCAAGGUUAUUCACCGGCUCGGAAAGGAGAUUAACGACGAGAGAUCGGUAUACUACUGGGCAUAUAAGAAUGACAUUCCAGUAUUCUGCCCAGCCUUGACAGAUGGUAGCCUAGGUGAUAUGUUAUAUUUUCACACCUUCAAAGCCUCGCCAAAACAGUUGAAAAUUGAUAUAGUGGAGGACAUCCGACGUAUCAACACUAUCUCUGUACGGGCAAAGCGAGCCGGAAUGAUUAUAUUGGGAGGUGGGGUUAUCAAGCACCACAUCGCAAACGCCUGCUUGAUGAGAAACGGAGCUGAAUCGGCUGUUUAUAUCAAUACUGCUCAAGAAUUUGAUGGUAGUGAUGCGGGCGCACGGCCUGACGAGGCCGUCUCCUGGGGAAAGAUUAAAGUGGGAGCUGAUCACGUCAAGGUCUAUCUCGAGGCAUCCGCCUGUUUCCCUUUCAUUGUAGCCAGUACCUUUGCCAAGGACGAGUAG